ACUGGGUAGUGAGGUCUCCCAGCCCUUUUGGCCCGGGCGCCCUCCUGGGGGGAGGGGCCAACGAUCCAGGCUCCGCCCCUGAGCGCGGAUACUGGGUAGUGUGGGAGGGAAUUCUUUAAAAUUACGUGGGGCGUCUCAGGAGAGGAGUGAGGGGGCUCUAAGAUCUCCUGGAAAGGGCAGAGCCAAGACCUCUGAGGAUCUUCCUUGUACCCACUCCACUUUCUCCUCCAACCGGGACGUCCAGACCGAGGGACACACAGGCACUGCUGUCUACAACGCAGGCAAUGGAGCUGCGGAGGCGAGACUACCAUGUGGAACGGCCACUGUUAAAUCAGGAGCAGUUGGAGGAACUGGGGCACCAGGGCUCAGUGCCUGGGACCCACCAGUGGCGAACCUGGUUGCAGUGUUCCCAUGCGCGAGCCCGUGCUCUUCUGCUCCAAUGGCUCCCAGUUUUGGCCUGGUUGCCCCAGUAUCCUGUCCGUGACUGGCUCCUAGGUGACUUGUUAUCUGGCCUGAGUGUGGCCAUCAUGCAGCUUCCACAGGGCUUGGCCUAUGCUCUCCUGGCUGGGUUGCCCCCUGUGUUUGGCCUCUACAGCUCCUUUUACCCUGUCUUAAUCUACUUCCUGUUUGGCACUUCCCGGCACAUCUCCGUGGGGACCUUUGCUGUCGUGUCUGUGAUGGUGGGCAGUGUGACAGAAUCCUUGGCCCCAAAUGAGAGAUACCUGCAGGCAUCAAACUCCACGGUGAACGAGACGGCCAGAGAUGCCGACCCGGUGCAGGUGGCCUCCACUCUUAGUGUCCUGGUUGGCCUCUUCCAGGUGGGGCUAGGUCUGGUCCACUUCGGCUUUGUGGUCACCUACCUGUCAGAACCUUUGGUCCGUGCGUAUACCACAGCUGCUUCCGUGCACGUCUUUGUCUCACAGCUCAAGUAUGUGUUUGGCCUCCAUCUGAGCAGCCACUCUGGGCCACUGUCACUCAUCUAUACAGUGCUGGAGGUCUGCUGGAAGCUGCCCCAGAGUGUGGUCGGCACUGUGGUCACUGCAGCUGUGGCAGGGGUGGUGCUCGUGGUGGUGAAGCUAUUGAAUAACAAGCUACAGCAGCAUCUGCCUAUACCAAUACCCGGGGAACUGCUCACGCUUAUUGGGGCCACAGGCAUCUCCUAUGGUGUGGGCCUGAAGCACAGAUUUGGGGUGGAUGUUGUGGGCAACAUUCCUGCAGGACUGUUGCCCCCAAAGGCCCCCAGCCCCAAGCUGUUCACAAAGCUUUUGGGAAAUGCCUUCACCAUUGCUGUGGUUGGAUUCGCCAUUGCCAUCUCACUGGGGAAGACCUUCGCCCUGAGGCAUGGCUACCGGGUCGACAGCAACCAGGAACUGGUAGCCCUUGGCCUCAGUAACUUCGUCGGGGGCAUCUUCCAGUGCUUCCCUGUGAGCUGUUCUAUGUCUCGGAGCCUGGUGCAGGAGAGCUCUGGGGGCAACACACAGGUUGCUGGAGCUGUCUCUUCCCUUUUUAUCCUCCUCAUCAUCAUCAAACUCGGGGAACUCUUCCAGGACCUGCCCAAGGCAGUCCUGGCAGCCACCAUUAUCGUGAACCUGAAGGGCAUGCUGAUGCAAUUCACUGACAUAUGCUCCCUCUGGAAGGCUAAUCGAGCAGAUCUGCUCAUCUGGCUGGCAACCUUUGUGGCCACCAUCCUGCUAAACCUGGACCUUGGCCUUAUGGUUGCAGUAGUCUUCUCCCUGCUGCUCCUGGUGGUCCGGACACAGCUGCCCCACUACUCUGUCCUGGGGCAGUUGCCAGGCACAGACAUUUAUAGAGAUGUGGCAGAGUACUCAGAGGCCAGAGAGGUCCCGGGUGUGAAGAUCUUCCGCUCCUCAACCACCGUGUAUUUUGCCAAUGCUGAGUUCUACAGUGAUACACUAAAACAGAGGUGUGGUGUGGAUGUUGACCACCUCAUCUCCCAGAAGAAGCUGCUGCUCAGGAAGCAGGAGCAGCUAAGGUUGAAACAAGUGCGGAAAGAGAAGAAGCUUCAGAAACAGGCUGCCUCCUCCAAGGACACCUCAGUUUCCAUUAAUGUCAACACCAGCCUCAAAGACAUCAAGAGCCACAAUUUGGAGGACUCCAAACCCAAGCAGGUGAGCCCAGGGAAUAAAUUAGAAGACACAGCAUCCAGUGGUCAAGAAGAUGCCAAGGCCCCAGACAUGUCCACACUGAAGGCCCUAGGCCUGCCUCAGCCAGACUUCCAUAGCCUUGUUCUGGACUUGGGUGCCCUCUCCUUUGUGGACACCGUGUGCCUCAAGAGCCUGAGGAAUAUUUUCCAUGACUUCCAAGAGAUCGAGGUGGAAGUGUACAUGGCAGCCUGCCACAGCCCUGUGAUCACCCAGCUAGAGGCUGGACAUUUCUUUGAUGCAUCCAUCACUAAGAAGCAUCUGUUUGCCUCUGUCCAUGAUGCUGUCACUUUUGCCCUCCAACACCCGAAGUCUGGCCCAGACAGCCCUGUUUUGGUCACCAAACUCUGACCAUGCUGCCACCCUACCUCAGACUGCCUACCUCUUUCUGGAGGCUGUGAUGAGGUGCUUUUGACAAGCCCCCCACCCCUGGGCUGCCUCCAGGUGCCACCCAGGAGUCCCCUUCAUGCAUACAUACACAUAUCUCAGGGAUGGAGAUCCUGGGACUCCAAGUCAGUGUUCCAGGCCUGGGACAGUUAGGUUGGCACUGCCCAAAUGUGGGAAGGGAGCUGAUACAUGGAUGUAUUCAACCUCAGGAAUAAAGACUUGCCCUCCCAA